AUGAAUACCACACUUAGUGAAGAAGAGAUUCAAUUGCUCCUUCAAAAGAAAGAUGAGCUUUCACCGGAGUUAAUUCAAUUGCUUGAAGAAUAUGAAAACUUGAAGAGUUCAGAACAACCUUUUGACAUGGGAGAAAACUGUGGCAUCACCUUCUCAUUCGGCCAUCGUAUAUUCUUGUUACCUUCUGUUGUCAUUGGUUACCCAAGUCAAAACGACAUAACUGUGAUUAUUCUUACGCCGCUUACAAAAGAGACUUUACCUUGUCAUCAGUUUCUCGCUGGACACUGUCAAGAUUCCUGCUCUUUGGGUUAUUCGCAUGGGUAUGUGCUUCCUAGAGAGUAUAUUGUGCCUUACGACGCCCUUGAUCUUGACAACUUGACCGAACAACUGCAGAGUGAUGCCAGCGUAUGGUGUAAGGAUAAAGAGAGUAUGUUAUGGAAAGAGGCGCGUGUGGUCGAGCAGAUGUCUGGGACAAGUUGGAAAGUACGAAAUAGCACAAGGCAGGAAUUCAUUGUAGAACUUGGCGAUAUUAUUCCAAUAAGAGAGUUAGAUGACCUUGAAGAAUCAGAACAUGAGGCACAAGAUAAACAAGAAAAUGAUACUAUUGAUUAUGGCAUGACCGAAAGGGCACCAAAUACAUGGGGUGGUUGGCAAGCACAUACCACUGACUUUGCUGCUAGAAUGAUGAAAAAGAUGGGCUAUCAAGAAGGCAAAGGGUUGGGACUUCAGGGACAAGGUCGAGUAGAGUUUGUGCAAGAAACAAAGUAUGGACAGACAGGCAGACCAGGAUUAGGAUUCGAAAAGCAAAAGCCGAAAAAGAAAGUCAAACCAAAGACGAUUGCCCAGGAAAAAAAUGAUGUCUUUAACUACAUGAAUUCUAUUCUAGAACCUGUAAAAAAGAGUGCAAAAAUACAGGAAGGUUCAGCACCAAAGCCUACGAAUGAAAAGGAAGCAUACAGAGCCAUAGCCAAGUUACAAGAUGAGAUGAAUAAAGCUCAACUCGGCUUAUCUAAUGCCAAGGCAGCGUACAAGAGAAAUAAAGGUACCUUCAAUGAGGACUUGUUUUCAAGCAAGUUGAAAGAUGCAGCAGCUCAUUUGGAUGUCGUAACGACUGAACUGAAGAAAUUACAGAGACACGUUAAGCAAACAAAAGAAAAGCAGGAUAUGUAUACAUUCUAG